AUGCCAGCCACAGAAAACACGCCGUUGGUACCUGUGGCAACAAAUCCUUUAAAGGACCAGCUUCCUUCUUUGAAAAUACGGGUUUUCCAGGUUGUUUGUGCUUUAAUUUGGUGUCUCUUCGCAGCUGGCCCAAUAUUUGGGUUUGCUGCAUUGAAGCCUAUUUUGAUUGACCAAGGCGUUUACAAAGAAAUAUGCGACACUGUUGGACCAGAUGCUCUCCAAGAGGUUUGUACUGAAAGAGACCUGAAGCUUAAUUUCAUGUUUACUUUGGGUGCUGUUGUUACCAAUGCUACUGCUCUUGUUGUUGGAAGUAUUUUGGACAACUACGGACCAAGAGUGACAGGUAUCAUCGGAGCUAUUGCCAUUUUUAUUUCAUCCCUGUGUUUGAGAAAUGGUGCUACAAUAACUUUCUUCGACGCCUACUUGUUUGGAUACAUUGGACUUGCAUUUGGGGGUCCUUUUGUAUUUAUCAGCUCGUUCCAAUUGGCGAACUCUUUCCCGGGGAAAUCGGGGUCUGUUCUUGCACUGUUGACUGGAGCUUUUGAUUCCAGCUCUGCCUUGUUCUUGAUUUACAGACUGAUCUAUCAGAAUGACUUGAUACACAACCUCACUUUGAAAAAGUUCUUCACUGCUUAUUUGGUUGUGCCGAUCUUCAUUUUUGUGUGCCAAGUUACAGUGAUGCCAAGCGAAUCAUAUAAAACAGUCGAAACUUUGGCCAAGAUGGGAGAAACAGGAAUUGAUGAAAGUGGUCUUCCGAUGGACCCUGAAGAUCUAAGAUAUACUGGACAAGAGGUACAAGCACAAAGAUCUCGCAGAAACUCCAUCAAGUCCAUCAGAUCCACAAGGUCCACCAAAUCUGUCUACGAAGAGAUUGCAGACUCUCGUCUCCACCAAAAGUCUGGUGGAAUCUUUGGUGUUUUGCACGAUAAAUCGCUAAAGAAACAGAUUACUUCUCCAUGGUACAUUUUGAUGUGUUGCUUUGCAACCAUUCAGAUGUUGAGAGUCAAUUACUUUGUUGCAACUAUUCGUUCGCAGAUGGAAUUCUACUUUCAAGACGAAGGAAUUGCAAUUGGAAUCAACAAGUUUUUUGAUGUGGCCUUACCGGUCGGUGGUCUCUUUGCUAUUCCAUUUAUCGGACUUUUGCUUGACAACUUCAAGACUUUGACAGUCUUAACCAUCCUCUAUCAAAUUUCUUUGACAAUUGGUGUGUUUGGUAUGAUCCCUCUGCAAUUUGUCCAGUACCUUGGUAUUCUAAUGCUGGUGGUUUAUAGACCGUUCUAUUACACAGCAGUUUCCGAUUUUUGUGCCAAGGUAUUUGGAUAUAGAAAUUUCGGAACAGUGUACGGCUCUCUGAACUGCAUCUCUGGAAUUUUCAACCUGUUCCAAGCUCUGCUCGACAAGUCUACCCAUACAGUGUUUCACAUGAACCCUAAUCCUGUGAAUUUACUGCUAGUUCUCCUUACUGCUCUCUCUGGAGCUGCUUUGCUCGGAUACAUAAAAAGCCAGGAGAUUGAGGUCAGCAAGUCUGAUAUCAUCCGUGAAGCAUUAGACAGUGAAGUGGUGGAAAUUGGAGAUUGA